UGAACUACAUGGUCAUACCUUGUACUCUACUGAUGAUUGUCUUCAUUUGAAACUUCUAUCGACAUUAGGAGUUUGAAGACAAAAACGACAAGUUGACCAGCAGCAAGAAAGCAAUGUCAACAAUAGAUCCAAUGGACUAAUUAAAACUGAAUCUAGAAAGUUGACACUUUGGGAUUUAAUAUGGAUUUCACAUGUGAAUAGGCCAUCAAUAUGGAGCCUGAAAAUGAUAUUGAUUAUGGUUCUUUGGAUGUUAAGAAUAACUAUGAUGUGUUUGGUCAAACCAAAUCCGAGCAUGAUCCCAACAUUGAACAAGACAUCGAGGAUCCCAGGAUCGAACAUAAAUAUAUGAUUGGAGCUUGUUCUGCAAUGGAUGAUGUCAAGAAGAGUGAUGAUAAAUUUGGUCAAACAAAAUCUGAAAUGGACCUCAACGUUGAACAGGACAUGGGGGAACCCAUUAUUAAACCUAAACAUAAGAUGGGUGCUUCAAAGGUUGACAGUGAUCUCAACAUGUUUGUUCAAACAGAACCUGUCGAUAAUGAAUAUGCAAAUGAGGUCAGUAAUGAGCAGCAAAUAUUUGUUAAACCCGAACAUGAAAUUGAUGAUGAAUAUGAUCAGUCCCCCAGUUAUGAACCUGAAAUGGUAAUUGAAACUGAACCUGAAAUUAAUUAUGACAUUGAAAAUGAUCAGUCCCCCAGUUAUGAACCUGAAAUGGUAAUUAAAACUGAACCAGAGAUUGAUUAUGAUGAUGAAUAUUCAAAAGAAGUCAGUUGUGAAUCUCAAAUGCCAAUUAAGUCUGAAUAUGAUAUGGACAUGAUGGAUGUCAAUGUAGAGCCAGAAAUGGAUUGUGAAAAUCAACACCAGUUAAAGAAACAAGAGGAUACUCAUGAUAGUGGUAAAACAUUUAAAUGCAUGCAUUGUAGCAAAUGUUUCCCAAGCCAAGGUCAUGUGGUUAUCCAUGAGAGAAUCCAUACUGGUGAAAAACCAUACAAAUGCUCGAAUUGUGAUAAAAGAUUUACGCAGACUGGUCAUUUAAAGAUGCAUGAGCAGGUACAUAGCAGAACAGGUGAAAAGCCAUACAAAUGUACUAUAUGUGAUAAGGGCUUCACACUUGCUCAUAACUUAAAAAAGCAUACACAAUGGAAACACCCUGGUGAAAAAGUAUACACAUGUACAAUUUGUGAUGAACAUUUUACAGAAGGUAUAAGCUAUAAAGCACAUAAAAAGACACAUACUGGAGAGAAACCAUUCUCCUGUUCAUUCUGUGGUAAAACAUUCACUCAUAUGUCUCUAUUUAAACGACAUGAGAGGAUCCAUACUGGUGAAAAACCAUUUGCCUGUUCUAUAUGUGACAAAAAGUUUUCUCUAGCUGGUAGCUUGAAAACACAUGAACGAACACACACAAUUGUAAAACCUUACAAAUGCUCGACCUGUGACAAACGCUUUGGGGCGUCUAGCACAUUGGCGGCACAUAAAAGGGAACACUCUGUCAAAACCAAAUGUACUGUUUGUGGGAAAUCAUUUGAACAUGAUUGGGAGCUAGAGUGUCACGAAGUAGUACAUUCUGGAAAAACUCCCUUAUAUAAGUGUUCUAUGUGUGACAAAUCUUUUAUUCAUUCUUGUAACUUGCAAUCACAUUUAAGGUCGCAUACUGGCAGUGUUGUUAAACCGUAGAAUAAAAUGAUGUACUUCUGGUAUAUUGUAUUGUACUAUUUGUGGUAAAAGGACCAGGCAGUGU